GGUUUUUACACAAAAUGUCAUGAAACAGUCGUAAACUACUCUGUAAACUGACACAAACAUAGUCGGGGGACACUGCAAGCAAUGCCGUGAAAAUCGAUCGCAGUUUGGCUUGGGCACCAGACUCGACAUAAUUGGGAAUUUUCGCCAGGGACUUCCAAACAUGGCGAAUCCGUCGACUGACGGCGGGGAACUCCGCUCUCCUUUCGACAGUGUUCUCACCACUUUCCUGCCGCAGGGCCACGAAAAGAACCUCAAACAGGCCUUCUACAAUGCCGCCACCAUUCUCUUCAUUGUGCUUUUCUGUGGUGCUGCGGUUGCGGUGUAUUUCGUUCUGGAGAUUUUCAUCAAACCUCUGUUGUGGGCCGUUUUGUGUGGCACGGUUCUGUAUCCGUUCAAGUACACGCUGACCAGCUAUGUCAGCGGUUGGCUGCAGGGCCUGGAGGACUCUAGCACCCCUCUAGCCGUCGGCACCAUCGCUAUCCCUCUCAGCCUACUCAACUUUGCCUCGGAGCAGCUCGGCCAGGUCAUCUCUCAUCGCUUCAAGCUGCUGGUGGCGGUCUCGCUAGGCCUACCCCUGUCCUACUUGGCUUAUCAAUGCUUGGACUACGUGGUGAACAUCUUACUGGGGGUGUUCUACGUGCUGUACGAGGGGCUGGGUUACUUCAGCACACUGUGGGUGUGGACCAUCAUCAUUGCCUACCUCCUCCUAGUCAUCUUCUGGUGGAAUGAUUCCUCCAAGGCACUCCUUGGGAACCUAGCCGUUCCUGUAUGGAUCAUCCUGCUGCUUCAUCUUGCCAAUCUGACCGGGCCGUUCCGCGUCUUGCUCUUUGUUGUUGUCAUCACCCUGGUGGCACUUGGGUACAGCACGAUGCGCAGGAAGGAAGCCGUGGAUGCCACAGAUGGGGAUGAGGACCAAGAUUCCAGCCUCAAUUCAUCCGAGACCGAGAUCAGCCCUCGCCCUUCCGACACUGCGGUGUCUGCCCAGCCACAAGAGGGCCAGGAUGCAAAGGAAGAUGUAUCCAAAGUAGGGGACAAGCAGGAGGGCAGAGCUAAGAAGGAAGAGGGAGGCGAUGAGACAGAUCUGGAUCGGCCGUCUAGGCUUGAUAUCCCGCAGGCAGCUAAAGAGCCCAAGACGGAACGGAAAAGCAGCAAGGAUAAGACUCCGCUCAGCACCCGCUACCUCCUGGGUCUGUUCUGGACCUGUGUCCUAGUCCGUCUCUGGAUGCACAUGUGGCUGCUACAGCUUCUGCCGAUCCCCAUCGCUAUCUGGCUGCUCAAGAGAGCAGCCACCCAGUCCGGCUUUUGGGACUUCAUGAAAGCCAAGGUGGAGUCUGGGAGGCUGGAUGCGAUGGACUGGGUGGCAGGCAGGGAGGACGCCUUCAUUCCUCCUUACAUCAGAGGUCUGACUACGCUCUUCCUCAAGGGAGACAGAAUGGUGAUUGGUGUUCUGAAGAAUUCUGUCGAUAAAUUCAUCAGUAUAUUCCUCAUCCUUGGGGUCAUGAUUGCAACGGUCAUCAUAGCGUUCCUAUUGGCUAUACAGAUUCAACAGGAGAGCAUGCACUUGAUUCAGUUGUCGGGCAACCUGGUGAACGAGACCAUCGCUCAGAACCCAGAUCUGCAGCAAUGGUUUCCCGGUGCAGCGGACAUGCAGCAAGCCGUGGACUCGGUACUGAAUGAUGCCUACCACUACGGCAGAGAUUGGAUAUCCCACAAGGUGCAUAGUACUCUGGGCGGUGAUGAUGACAAUAAAGAACAGAUUGAGGAGCAGGUGUUACAGUUAUGGGAUCGGCUGUAUGUACAGCUAGCUGCCAAGAAUGGCACAAAUGACAAUGAUGACGAUGACGAUGACAAUCGUCGUUUCCUUGCUGCCAGCGUCAACAUGUCCUGGAACGGUCUGAUGGAGACAGUCGGCAAACUGGACGAGGUCGAGAUGGGGGGCUUUGUUCAGGCUGCGCAGGACAACUUGGAAACUGUCAAAUCGGUCUUGGAGUCAGUCUGGAUGGUACUGAUGAGUAACGUCAGUAUCCUGUUCACAAUUCUCACGGCCCUUCUCAGCUUUGUCUUUGAGGGCAGCACGGCCCUCCUCAACUUCAUCAUUUCUUUCUUGGUGUUUGUGACCACUCUCUUCUACCUGCUGAGUGCAAGCCGUGGUCAGUUCCUGCCCAUGCAGUGGAUCUCGGGGCUGACUCCAGCCGGACAGGCCAGCAGCCGAUACAGCAACGCCCUGGAGACUGCUAUCAGGGAUGUUCUCGGAGCAUCCAUUAAGAUGUCGGCCUUCUAUGGACUGUACACAUGGCUGACGCAUACCCUGUUUGGCAUCAAGAUUGUGUUCAUCCCAACAGCUCUGGCGGCCAUAUUGGGUUUUGUGCCGUUCUUGGGUACCUACUGGGCGGCCAUACCGGGGGUCAUUGACCUCCUGGUUCAAGGCGAGAGGGGUUUGGCCAUAUUCCUUCUCGUCUGCCAUUUCAUCCCGAUGUCCGUGGUGGACACUGCCAUAUACAGCGACAUCAAAGGUGGGGGCCAUCCCUACCUGACUGCCCUCUCUGUGGCCGGCGGAAUGAUCUACUUCGGCCUAGAGGGCGCCCUCAUCGGCCCCAUCCUGCUCUGCGGACUCCUGGUGGUCGUCAACAUCUACAGCAAGAUGAUGCAGGGCUCCGGGAGUGCGCCCUCGCUGGUCAACCUGCGAGGCACGUCCUCGGCCUCCGUGGGCCGAACGAGGUGGGACUUCCGCAGAUCAGACACUGUGUCCUGAAUGAUUACCUCAAGUUACGCACCGUGCUCAUCAAGCAGACCUCGCGAUAAUGCUCUCUGUAUGUUUGAAGCACAAAUGGAGCUUGAUAAUACUUGUAUUAAUUAAGUCAACUUUGCAGUGUGUCUACGCAGUCUGUGUUCUUGUAUAGCAGGGUAUCUUGCCUAAGCAGUAAUCCGUAACCAUGCUAAUAGGAAUUUUAAAUGUAAAAUGACAAAAUAGCAAGAUUAAAAACUAAUAAAUGAUGCUGAAUACAUGUAAAUGGUUGUAUGUUGCGAAGUGCUUACAAUUUCUGAAGAUUUUCAGACGUUUACCUAUAUUUGUCUACUUCUGCAAUAUUUUUUGUUCGUUUAAAGUUUCUCUCUUUCUAUCACAGUACUGUCAUCUUUUAAUUUUUUUCCCAUAAAUUGUGUGGCUGAAGUUGUGUUUCUCGAGCAUGAGGUAUUUCAUUUUAACCUUUUCCUUUUGGAAAUAAUUCUUUGCCGAUAUUAUCUGACUAUCGCAACUUCUUUAAAAAUCAGUGUGGUAGUUUAGUCCAUCACAAGUCCAGUUGCAACCUCACAAGUAAAAUCAUGGUCACAGAUAACAGGGGAUCAACAAUGGUAUAGGAAUGAAUGCCUUCGUUGCGGUUCAUUAGAAGCGCUUGUAAUUAAUCUAUCGCGGUAGAAUCGCGUCAACACAGCUUGUGACAUAUUGUCCAAUUAUAUGAUAUAUACAAAUGGCCUAUGGACGCAGAACGCGCAAAAUCUGAGAUAAGGCAAAGAAAAAAUA